AUCAUGACCUGCAUUUUGACUGAGCAGCGGAUCGUUUUCUUCUCUUCUGACUGGGCUCUGCUGACCCUCGUUGCUGAGUGCUUUAUGUUGUACCUUCACCCUCUUCAGUGGCAACACACUUUUGUGCCCAUUCUGUCACAUCAAAUGCUGGAUUUUGUAAUGGCCCCAACGUCUUUUCUCAUGGGAUGUCAUAUUGAUCAUUUUGAAGAAGUUAGCACGGAAGGUGAAGACUUAAUUCUAAUUAAUAUAGAUAAUGGAAAUAUUACACAUUCAAAAAUGACUGACGAGAAACCUGAAAUUCCAGAUGUCCCAGCACAAGCAGCAGAAACUUUCAGAAAAAGAGUGGAGAGUCUUCAGCUGCAUUAUGACCUCGAGCUCUGCCACCUCCGAGCCAGCACGGAUCUUGGCGAGCUCCAAAUGCGUAGAAGGGCUUGGCAGCAGAAGCUGAACAUGGAAGUUCAGCAAAUGACUUUGCAGUUAAUUGUUAAUAUCUUCAGGGAGGUAAAAGACCAUCUAAAUUAUGAACACAGAGUGUUUAACAGUGAAGAAUUUCUGAAAACGAGGGCAAUUGGAGACCAGCCAUUUUACAAAAAGGUUUUAGAGACCUACAUGUUUCACUCUUUUCUUAAAGCUCGUCUGAACAGGAAGAUGGAUGCAUUUGCUCGACUCGAGUUGAGUACCCAGUCUGAAGAGGAUAGAUUAAACUUGCUGUUUCAUACUCCAAGAAGACUGACGAUGGCUUCUAAACAAUUUGAUCCACAGCACGGGAUUAGUAGGCGUAUGGUAAUCAGUAUGCCCAACCUGCAGGAUAUUAAGCUGCCAGAGGGCCCUACGAGAAAUUCUUCACUUCGAAGAAUAGAAACAGGAGUUGCUGUGAAAAUGCCCUCCAAAGCAGUCAAUACGUUCAAAAUCCCGGAAAUUCAUUUUCCUCUGAUGUUCCAGUGUGUUCACUCCUACUACACAGACUUCUUCAACCACCUCAGCAAAGCUAUAAAUACCUUACCGCCUGAUAACUCAGCGUUGCUGGCAAGGUACUUCUACCUCCGGGGACUUAUUAGCCUGAUGCAAGGGAAACUACUAAAUGCACUUUCUGACUUUCAGAACCUAGAUAAAACAGACUUAAGAAUUUUCCCUACUGAUCUUGUAAGAAAAAUCGUGGAAACCAUGCCUCCUCCGGAGCGGUUGCAAGCAGACCGCAAACCUGAGCUGAAGAAGCUGAUAAGCCGAGUGAUGGAAAAACAAAGAGAAGUCACGAAAAUAGAUGACCACGUCAAAAAUUUCGAAUUGCCAAAAACCCACAUGCAGCUGGAUGAUUUUGUGAAGCGAAUCCAGGAAUCUGGGAUUGUCAGAGAUAUAGAUACUAUACAUCGGUUAUUCGAUGCCCUAACAGUGGGGCAUCAGAAACAAAUUGAUCCUGAAACAUUCAGAGAUUUCUACAACUACUGGAAAGAAACGGAAGCGGAGGCUCAAGAAGUGAACCUGCCACCAACAGUAAUAGAGCAUCUAGAUAAAAAUGAAUGUGUCUACAAGUUAUCCUGUUCAGUUAAAACUAACUAUGGUGUAGGAAAAAUUGCUCUGACCCAAAAACGCUUGUUCCUUUUGACCGAAGGAGGACGUCCUGGCUAUGUCCAGAUUGCUGCUUUCAGGGAUAUAGAGGAUGUUAAGAGCACGACCGUGUCUUUCCUUCUUUUGAGAAUACCUACUCUGAGGAUUAAAACAUUAUCUAAAAAAGAAGUGUUUGAAGCUAACCUUAAAACGGAGUGUGAUCUGUGGCACCUGAUAGUGAAAGAAAUGUGGGCUGGAAAGAAAAUGGCAGAUGAUCACAAGGAUCCUCAGUACAUUCAGCAAGCGCUGACAAAUGUUCUCCUGAUGGAUGCUGUGGUCGGUGCCCUCCAGUCCUCCAAAGCCAUAUACGCGGCCUCGAAACUGUCUUAUUUUGACAGGAUGAAGAACGAAGUGCCUAUGAUGGUCCCCAAAACAACUUCGGAGACAUUAAAGCACAAGAUCAACCCCUCAGCUGGUGAGACAUUUCCACAGGCAAUAGAUGUCUUGCUUUACACGCCAG